GGCAGUCAAGUAGUUCUAGCAUACACUAGAGGCAGUGCCGGCAUAAUAUAGAACCUGGCAGUGUAGCUUGCUGACACAUUCGACAAUGGCUAGCCAACACAUUCAAGCCAGUUUGACCACCAGGAUAGCCACGUCGAUAUCCUCCAAUUGUCUGCUCAGCCAUGUGCUAAACACAUUGCUUUCCCCUUUACCUUUCCAAUCUCUCUUCUCUUGGCCCUACAUGGAGCUAUUCGCAUUCUUGUAAUGCACUCCAUAUCCAUCACACUCCACCAGCAUAUCCGAUUCAC